GGAUUACAGAAACCUUUGUUGGACGGUUUGAUGGAGAUCUGGUCGAAUGUCAGCGGGAACUAUUGUUAUAUCCGGAGGAAUUCUCGCCGGAGUGAUACUGCUGUGCAUUGUAGCAGUGCUCUGUUACUGUAGACUCCAGUAUUACUGCUGUAAGAAGAAUGAUUCUGAGGUGGAUAUGGGCUCCGUGGUGGGAGCAGACCCUCUCUCCCACUUUCCCUGCAAUGCCUGUAAUGCCCUCGCCAUGGACGGCGCAACUAUCGCCCCCGUCUCUCUGGAUCAGCUGGACUCGGGUUCUCACCACAACCAUUGCCCCACCUGCUCACCGUACACCCUCCGCUCUGGACUCACAGACAACAUGCGAAACGGAGGGGAGCGGCUGGGCUUCCACACCUACUAUGAGAACCCGUCUGUCUCUCUCCCACUGUCUGCCAACCAGCAGAGCUCCUCCCCUCUGAGUUACUACAGUCCCACAGACAUGUUUCCUCCCCCGCCACGUCCCUACAGCACACAGGUCUGACCUCUGCUGUACCAUAAAGACACAUACUCACACAUAUAGAAAACCAUUGUGACAUACACAUGCCCUUUCGUUUGGGACUAAAUUCAGGUGAUGGAUUGCGAUACAGCACAAUUACACACAUGCCCACAUUACUGUACAUUCUCAAAGAUUCUAGACGGGGAGUGACCCAUAAAUUGAGCAA